AUGUCGUUGGUGAAGCCGUGGAGGACACAGGAGUUGUCGAUGAGGCUGUGGACGAUCCCGAUGUCGUUGGUGAAGCCGUGGAGGACACAGGAGUUGUCGAUGAGGCUGUGGACGAUCCCUGAUGUCGUUGGUGAAGCCGUGGAGGACACAGGAGUUGUCGAUGAGGCUGUGGACGAUCCCGAUGUCGUUGGUGAAGCCGUGGAGGACACAGGAGUUGUCGAUGAGGCUGUGGACGAUCCCGAUGUCGUUGGUGAAGCCGUGGAGGACACAGGAGUUGUCGAUGAGGCUGUGGACGAUCCCGAUGUCGUUGGUGAAGCCGUGGAGGACACAGGAGUUGUCGAUGAGGCUGUGGACGAUCCCUGA